ACAAAACCGUCUUAGCUUCCGAGUUUAUGCAUGGACUGUAUUGAAAAACACCAGACGGCUUUCGACAUUCGUUAAACCUUACGCCAGCCACUACUAUCGAUUCAUCCACAAUGAUGCAAACUCAAGACCUCGACCCAGAGGGCUUGAGAACCCUUUUUUCAGAUGCCAAAACCCUAGUCACGGACAAUCUUCUCAAAUCCCCGUCCACGGGCGUCGAUAUGAAGCUCCGGAGGAGACGAGAAGAGGCGGAGUUUGGGGGCAUGCGACCACAGUUGGGACAUUCCAUCAGCUCGAGCAACCACGAAGCGGAUAACAGAGCAGCCUGGAAGCUCUCAGGUGCUAUGGAUAAGUCCCUCUCGAUGAUCCAAUCCGGGCUACAGUCCAUCUUGUCGAAGAACACGGAUCGGGCCGACUACCUCAAGGUAGUUAUGCAGCACUAUCGGUUUCUCGUGAGUUUCCUCUUGAACGUGAUAGAUGAUGAUGAUUUGGAGGUCAAAAUCAAGGGGUACGAGAUUUUGCAGCUACUCUGCACCAUCUUGUUACAAGCUUUUCCUUCGAAAGACCUGGAAAUGGGAACAAACCGGGUGGCGGUUGAAACGGUAAAGAUUUUCAUUCAAAACAACAUUAUCUCCGUCUUUAUUGAAGCGCUACAGCCUGGUUUGUACAACUAUUUGCCCCUCAAUUCCUCUCUCUCUGUCCAGGCCCACGCCAACAGCGACCUUCUCACCUUACUUAACCAGACGUACACGGUGCUAAACUUGUUAUUCAGACUUCAGGGGUUUGCGAACCACAAAUUGGUGAACACGAACGCCAGACCCAACUCUAAAAAUGACUACAACACGUUAGUCGGAGAGAAUUUGCUCAUCCAGGGGGUUUUCAGGUCCCUCCCUUUGGCGAUAAAUGAUACGUCCAAGACGGACGAAGGGGUGGUUUUGCAGAGCGAGAACGAGUUUUUGCCGUUGGAGACGAUUUCGUGUUUGCUAAGCCACAUGGAAACCAUCAUCCUCGACUUGAACGAAUACACCUACUUGUACCUUCACAAGUUUGUGAUCUCGUUAAAUUCGGUUAUAUCGUCUCCAAGCAUCUUCUUCUUGAACCGGAAGAACACCCAGAGAGAUGUAAUCGUCUGCCAGGCAUUGACAGUUUACGGUCUUCUCAUUGAGAGACUGUGGCUCAAAAUCGCCAUGCACCGGUACGACAUUCUAGGGGGUUUGCUUCUAAUGAUCCAGUUGUACUAUUCCAUGGCCGAUGUGGAUUCAGUCAGUCCCGAAGUGAUGUCACUUUCUAAGGAUAUUGUUCAGCUACUUGAGGUCCUCAGUCCUGGGAAGCCUGUAGAUCGUAUUGCGGAGUGCAAAAAGGUGGUGGAUUCAUUGGAGAGACUGGACAGUUACAAAAAGGCUCAGGUGUGCCAGUCAGUUCGAGAGCUAUUGGGGGUGAGUGAAUAAAAAGGGGGGAUUCAAUGUCAUGGCCAUGAAGGUAUAACUGGUGAGGGUAAAUGGAUCAACUAGAGAUAAAAGGCCCGGCGUCUGGGGUUAGAGCUGGAUAGAUAUAAUCAUUCACUGUGGGAUUGAACUAUAGUUGGCAAAUGAACGGAGAAGGUAGUGAAAGCUAUCUAGAAAGGUACACAACGCGUCAUUCCUGUUAAUGAGCCAUUUUGGCUAUUCCAAUCAUAUAUUCUCUUUAGUAAAUGUGCAAUAAUGUAUUCUAGGCUACAUUAUAACUCUAUCAGCUAUGAAAACAAUGGGGGGUAAAU